AUGUCAUCGCGGCGCAUAGGCCUGGCCGUUGCCAGCAGCCUCACGAGACGCAUCUCGCCACGACCGGGCCCCGUAUGCGCCCGCUGCCAGUGGCAACGCAGCUUCGCGGCCACGGCGGCGCCUCACGGCCCACGCACGUCCAAGCCCGCCGCCGGCAUCUCCAUGGACCCCCAGAGCGACAUUGCCGGCCCGGCCAUUGAGGCGCCGCGCAGCUACGGCAAGCGCUUCGACGGCGUCUUCACGCCCAAGCCCCUGCCGCGCCCGAUUGGCAUGCCGCUGCCGCCGCGGCCCGGCGAGAACACGGGCAUUGACGCCCGCACACGCGAGCAGCGCAAAAAAGACUUUGCCGACUGGGACAAGCACCUAGCGCGGCGAAAGGAGCUUACCGCCCAGCUUUCACGACCAUAUUUCCGCGACUGGAACAAUCUCAAGUACCACGACGGCAAAUCCUUCAUCGCGCCCCCGCGGCUCUUCAAGGCCGAAUUCUCCCUCUUCUUCCCGAACCUCUACGGCCAGACCAUUCUCAGGACCGACAAGGAACCCCGCGACACGACGCCGCUCCUCGCCGGCAAGGCGUCGGUCGUGUGCAUCUUUAGCAGCCAGUGGGCCGAGGCGCAGGUCGAGAGCUUCACGUCGGCCGCGGCGAACCCGGCGCUGCAGGACAUUCUCGCGCGGCACGGCGGCCGCGACGGCCUCGCGCAGGUCGUGCGCGUCAACUACGAGGACAAUGCGGGCAAGGCCUGGCUGGUCCGUCUCUUCAUGGGCGCGCUGCGCAGGCGCCUGCCCGAGCACGAGUGGGACAAGUACUUUUUGGUGCGCCGCGGCGUCACCGACCACAUUCGCGAGUGCAUCGGCCUGCUCAACUCAAAAGUCGGCUACACGUACCUCGUCGACCAGCACUGCCGCGUGCGCUGGGCGGCCAGCGGCAACAGCAGCCCCGAGGAGGUGGAGGGCCUGAACCGCGGCCUCGUCAGGCUGGUCGAGGGCAUCGAGACGGAGGCGCUGCUGCCCUCGACGGCGCGGGAGCCGGUGCCUGGACGCAAGGCUAUCAAGGAUCUCGCGCAGAAGCGCGCUGCCGAAAAGACAGAGACGACAACAUAA